GCCCGUCCUUGUGUUGCAGAUGAGCCGGAGCUCCCGGUAGCGCGGUGAGAGGCGCGGAGCCAUGGGCGAGAACAGUCCCGAGGACAACGCCAUCUACUAUGAAGGGGAGGAAGACGACUUAGCCCAAGAUGAAAAUAUGACGAAGUUUGCUGACAAAAAUGGGCUGGUGUCCUCCUCGUCCGGGACGGUGUAUGACAGGACAACUGUGCUCAUAGAGCAGGACCACAGUGUGCUGGAAGAUGAGGAGGAUGAAGGACAGUGUGGUGAUCACUUGCCUUUUUUACCCGAGGGUCACGAAGAAGGAUUUCAUUUAUUAGCAGAUCAUGAAGGGAUGUCACAGGGUUAUGUGCAACAUAUUAUUUCUCCAGAUCAGAUUCAUCUAACAAUAAAUCCUGGUUCAACUCCCAUGCCAAGAAACAUCGAAGGAGCAACACUCACUUUGCAGUCUGAGUGCCCAGAAACCAAGCGUAAAGAAGUUAAGCGCUACCAGUGCACCUUUGAGGGCUGUCCCCGCACCUACAGCACCGCUGGCAACCUGCGCACGCACCAGAAAACCCACCGGGGAGAGUACACCUUCGUCUGCAACCAGGAGGGCUGUGGCAAGGCCUUCCUCACCUCCUACAGCCUCAAAAUCCACGUCAGGGUGCACACCAAGGAGAAACCGUUUGAGUGUGCUGGUGAGAAAGCAUUCAACACACUGUACAGGUUGAAAGCACAUCAAAGGCUUCACACAGGGAAAACAUUUAACUGUGAAUCAGAAGGGUGCAGCAAAUACUUCACAACGCACAGUGACCUGAGGAAGCACAUUCGAACACACACAGGAGAAAAGCCAUUUCGGUGUGAGCAUGAUGGCUGUGGGAAGGCUUUUGCUGCAAGCCACCACCUCAAAACACACGUUAGAACACAUACUGGGGAGAAACCCUUCUUCUGUCCCAGUAAUGGUUGUGAGAAGACUUUCAGUACCCAGUACAGUCUCAAGAGUCACAUGAAAGGUCAUGAGAAGGGCCAUACCUAUAAUGCACUUCCCAAUAACAAUGUGUCUGAGGAUACAAGUCACUCACUUUGUCUGAGUGAUUUAAGCCUCAUAUCAACAGAUUCAGAAUUGCGGGAGAACUCUAAUCAAACACAGGGACAGGACCUCAGCACAAUCUCACCAGCAAGCAUCUUUGAGUCUAUGUUUCAGAGCCCAGACCACACUGCAAAUCAGGAUGACUCUCGGCAGACAGCAGCGUCCUUGAUUGAAAGGUUUAACGGUGACUCAGAGUCAGCCGCUGCGGUCCCGCCCCCAGCAGGAGACGCAGCCUCGUUGUCCCUCCCGCUGGUCCUGCAGCUCGGCCUCCCUGAGCCCGCACAGGCAGCGCUGCAAGCCUCGGCAGCACCCUCUGCUCCCUCCUCCAUAGCAGCCAGCUCACAGCCAGCUGCGUUUGCGAAUCCUGCAACUGUUUUACAAUCCCCAGAAGUGCCUGUUCCUCACAGCACACCGUUUGCAGCCAGUCACCAAGACUUCCUGCAGCGCACCCAGCCUCCGCCACAGCCCAUGGUACAGGGACUGUCAGUGGUUGCUGGGGCUCCUGCCCCUACAGCCCCGAGUGCCACUGAGCCCCUGCCAGCUGUAGUUCAGACUGUGCCUGUUGGUGCAAACCCUGUUUUGACCAGUAACCCCACUAUAACCAUUACUCCUUCUCCAAGCACCGCCAUUCUGCAGUCCAGUAUUGUCAUGGGAGAGCAGAACUUACAAUGGAUCUUAAAUGGUGCCACUGGUUCUUCACAAAGCCAAGAACAAAUGCCACAAGUUCCAAAAGUAGAAAAGGUGUUUUUUACCACUGCAUUACCAGUAGCUGGUAACACAGGAAACCCCGUUCAGCAGAUUGGUCUCAGCGUUCCUGUUAUUAUCAUAAAGCAGGAGGAGGCCUGCCAGUGCCAGUGUGCCUGCCGAGACUCUGCCAAGGACAAAGCCACCUCCACCGUUAAGAAGGAAUGUUCCUCACCGGAUUCAAAAGCUUUGGAGCAGCCAGCUUCCCAGCUGCAGCCUAAGACCUUUCCUUCCUCCUCUGCUCCUCCUUCUUGUGGGCAGAGCAGUCAGAUAGUUAACCCUUCAGACUCCCAGACUGAAACGUUAAGUGCCAUGGAUGUAUCGGACUUCCUGUCCCUCCAAAGCCCUGAAACCCCAUCUAAUAUAAUUCCAAUUGAAGCACUACUGCAGGGUGAGGAAGAAAUUGGUAUGAAUAGCAACUUCUCUAAGUGAAGAUGUUCCAGAUUUUCCUUUGCACCUGGAGGGUAAAACCCUUCUCCUUAGAAGCAGAAACUGAAGGAUCGAUUCCUAUUCCUUCCUCUUUGGAAGUUUUGUGGCUUAUUUCUGCUUCACGGAUGUCAUCUUAGUCACGUCCCAGGUACAUCCACCUUUGAGAUUCUAUCUAAAAAAAAAGAAAAGGUAAAAAAAAAGAAAUAGCUAAGUUAUAUAUGAACUGUUUUGGCUGCACUGUCUGUCACUUUUGCUUGUCAUAUGUGAACACAGAAGUUAAGGUUACUCGUGUGCAAAAAGAUUUCUAAAAGGAAAAGGGGGGUUACUUUGUCUCCAGUUGCACAUCACUUAGGUUUGGGAUUAAGGUACUGGCAGCAAGUGGGUCUUUGUUACAACUUCUUGGGUUUCUAAUUUUCUCCUGUCUCUCUUGUCUCUACUAACCAUGCACUAAAAGGGAGCCCAGGAAAGGAGGCUGUGGGGGGAGGAAAUGGCAUAGCUGGGGGAGAGGAUUUAUCUGCAGUGUGAUUUGAAUGUGAUUGUCACAUACCUGAUGAGGAGCUGGUGCCUGGUUUUGCUCUUACUAAAGCCUCCAGGAGCUUUGGGGAAGUUUAUUUCAUCAGGGCACAAGUAUCUUGUGCCCCUAAGAGAUCUGUUCAUUUAAUUCCACUAGGACUCAAGUGUGUUGCAGACACUGUGUCACAACAUGGAAGCACAGUCGGAGCCGCUGCUGGCUCUGGCUCCUGAGUCUGUUUUCUUGGCCUCUCCGAAGGGUAGAGUGAGUCCCAGGUGUGCUCAGGUUGGUGCCUGCUGCUCUUUUGAUUUCUUAGGCUCUGUUCAGCAACAAAUCAUCAUCCUAACCCUGGGGCAGUUGAAUCAGGAGCACAGUGCCUUUGCUGGUUACUCUCAUCUUUUGUGAAGAACAACCCUUAAGAAAAUUUUGAGAGAGAUUCAACAUAAAUUCAGUUUCAGUUCAGUGAGUCUGUUCUUCAGUUGUCCAUACAUGCUUCUUUUUUUUUCCAGUGAGCUAUAUAAUUUCUGCCUGACUCUGCCUCCAGCCUACUGCAAUGCCAGCUUUUUGUGCACGGGGCUAUUUCUUGACUAAAAGAAGUUACACAACAGAAUAGUUUUUCAUAUCAAACUGAGAGUCUAUAUUCUAACCUACUCAGGGUAAAUCAAAUCCAAACCCCCUUCCACCAAAAAGCCUGUAAUGUUGCAAUAAAUGCAGUCUCAUUCUAAA